CGGUUGGAACUGGCACGCUGCAACGCACAGUCCCAGUGCCACAGUGCAAAGGGUGGCAUUAACAGCGUCCAGCAACGUCCGCCACAGAAUGAUACCGCCCGACCGGACCGGAUGGAGCGGGCCCCCACUGAGCGUGUGUGCUUGUGCCUGUGAGUGUCCAUUUCGGUAUUAAAAUUGAUAAUCCAUUCGCUGGCCCCAGGUCCGCCAGUGCGACUGGCUGUUCAGGUUGUUCGUGCUCGGUCGUACACGGGCGUGCGCAAAAACGAUGUGCGUUCACGGAAGUUUAAUUGUACCGCUGGUGCUGAUCGUGGCGUUAACGCUCGUGCCCGCACUGUCGGCCAGUCCGUCCGGGUCGGUGGUCAAGGUUGAGCAGACGGAACGGAACGGCACUAGCACCGUGGUCUUGGAGCGGCGGCCAGCGCCGGAGUUUGAAGAUGUCGCGAGCGCGGAUGUACAUCACCCGCGACCGAAGCGCCGUACGAGGGAGGAAAAGAACAACAUUGAAUCAAGUAUAUCGCUUUGGGAGUGGCUGAAGGGACGCGACAAACCGGAGGACAACUGCAUGCUGAUGGCGAUCGGUGGUGUGGCGAGCGGUGGCGCACUGACCGGAGCGUUCGUUGGAGCGGGCAUUGGGAGCAUCUUCACCGGGCCGGGCGCAAUCGUGGGCGGCAUCAUCGGGGGGCUGGUCGGUGUGUUCGGUGGGCUUAGUGUGGGCGCUCGGGCCGGUGCGGUGGCGUGUGAAAAUGUCUGACCCCGUGUCUGACCGUUGGUUGCGCUUUUCUGGAGCAAUAAAAUUCGUUUAUGUGGAAAACCAAGGA